UACCAACCUAAGACCAUGUCCGCUUCAAAACCCACUUCUUACCCAUCGGUCGACGUGAACGACCUCGCCGAGAACCUCUUCCCGGAAGACAACGCUGUUUCAACAGAAAUCCCUGUUACCCAUUCCUCCGAGGACCUCCUGGUCAAAAUACCAGGCGCUAUCGUCCACCUUAUAGAGAAGGACUCGAGCAUCGAAAUUGCCCGCGGCGAACUUACCGUCGUUGGUCUCCGGCAGAACGGGAAUGUAGUCGCUGUACUCGCGCGCGUGGGAGACCAGAUUCAGUGGCCUCUGGCGAAAGACGAACCCUCCGUGAAGCUCGAUCAGUCCCACUACUUCUUCACUCUUCGGGUCCCCGCAAAUGGGUCGCCAAAAAGAGGUGAAAUUGACGACUCGACCGGGAAGAUAGGCGAAUUCGAGUUGCUGAAUUACGGGUUGACUUUCGGGUCAGCGGGGCAGGAGGGUUUGCUGAGGGACUUUGAUCAGAUUCUGGGGAAUUACAGUUGUUUUUCGGAGGGGAAGGUUGAGGGGGUGGGGAAUUGGGAGGUUUUGGACGCCAAGGGGGAGGAGGUUGGCGAUAGGGCCGCGGCGUACUGGACUACUCUGGCUCCGAAUGUGGAGGAUUACAGCGGGAAAUGUGCGCGGUUGAUUGCGGCGGGUUCGGGGCAGAUGAUAAGGGGAAUUCUGUGGUGUGGGGAUGUGACGGUGGAUAGGUUGAAGUGGGGGAACGAGUUCUUGAAGAUGAGGAUAGGACCCACUUCGCCAUCGGAGAUUAGUCCGGAGGCCUUCAGGAGGAUCCAAAGGGUUAAGAAGUUGACCAAGAGGUCGGAGAAAGUGGCCACCGGGAUCCUUUCAGGGGUUGUCAAAGUAUCUGGAUUUUUCACGAGUUCGAUAGUUAACUCUAAAGUGGGGCAGAAAUUUUUUAGCCUUUUGCCUGGAGAAAUCAUCCUUGCUUCCUUGGAUGGAUUCAACAAGGUCUGUGAUGCUGUGGAAGUUGCGGGAAGGAACGUCAUGUCUACCACAUCGGUCGUCACCACUGGGCUUGUUUCACAUAGGUACGGAGAACCGGCAGGGAAGGUCACGAAUGAAGGGCUUGAUGCCGCAGGGCACGCUAUAGGGGCAGCUUGGGCCGUGUUCAAGGUGAGCAAGGCUCUGAACCCGAAGAGCGUGAUCAAGCCAACAAAGCUUGUUAGAGCUGCUGCUGAAUCCAAAUCCUCGUCCAAGUUGAAGUCCUCAAAAUAAGAAGUGAUAUGCCUCUCUUGAUGGCUGCUGUUUGGGUUUCUCCAAAUUUAUGUUCCUUUUUUGUCAAAGUCUGAAAAUGGAGUGUGUGUAUCUAAAAUACGAAUGAAAAUAGUAAUUCUGAGCCUUUGCAUGCAUCCAAGCAGGUCUUCUGAGAGAUUCCACAGUCAACAUGGGAGGAUCGAAAAAUAUGCAUAUUGGUGGUCUCAUCUUUUAAAUUAGAUUAAACAUAUUGUAAUCAUCUGCGCAGAAUUUGGCAUGCACAAUGGACCAGAGCAGUCUCAGUAUGCUUCUCUUUUAAUGGUUCAUGAUCGAAUUUCCUUGCUCGUAAAUUUAGCGUAGAUUAGAGUAGAUUAGAAUAGAACACAACACAUGAAAUGAUCAUAUCUGCAUCUGCAGCGGAUUUGAUUCUCUUUGUUAGUGCUCACAUUGCUUAAAACAGGAUUUUGAUGUAUAACCAUCAAACAUUCAAAUC